AUGUCUGCUCAGCUCAGUUCUCGUAAGAUUACUACUGCGGCUGCUACUACCGCCGUGGCUACAGCAUUUGCGGAAACAACUCAAAACCAGCCCCUAAUGGUAUUCGGAAAGACCGGCUUCACGUCGCUGCGGCUUCACAGCAGUAAGACGGUGAAUCAUAAUACAAAGCGACUUGUGUUUGAGUUUCCGGAUAAGGAUGCGAAGAGUGGACUUGUGUUGACUUCUUCUCUACUUACUAUCUCCCGUCCUCAGGGCAGUUGGCUCCCUGUUAUCAGGCCCUACACUCCUAUCAGUGAUUUUGACAACCCCGGCUACGUCGAGUUCCUAAUUAAGAAAUAUCCCUCCGGCAAAGCCAGCACCCACCUUCACUCCCUUCAACCUGGCCAAUUCCUCUCCUUCUUCGGUCCUCUAAAAGCCUACUCAUGGGCCCCCAACAAACACUCCCACAUUUACCUCCUCGCUGGCGGCGCAGGCAUAACGCCCAUGUACCAACUAAUCCAAGGCGCGCUGAAGGACCCCGAAGACAAGACGAAAAUUACAUUGGUAUUUGGCGUGAAUGCAGAAGAGGAUCUGGUAUUGAGGGAGGAGCUGGAGGGGUUUAAGAAGCGGUACCCUGGGCGGUUUGAGACCGUGUAUACUAUCAGUGAUGGGAAGAGUGAGGGGGAGGGGUUUGAGAAGGGGAGGAUUACGGAGGAAUUGUUGAAGAAGGUUAUGAAGACUAAGGAAUCUGGGAAGGAUGUAAAGGUGUUCGUUUGUGGGCCGCCGGCUAUGGAGACGGCGUUGAUCGGGUCGAGUGGAUGGUUUGGGGGUGGGAAGGGGAUUCUGGGAGAGCUUGGGUACACUAAGGAUCAGAUUUUUAAGUUCUAG